AUGUAUCUGGCAAACAGAAGAAGAAAGAUUUGUCUAGCCCUUGUCGCCGCCUUUUUCGUUCUUCAGAUUUUUCAUUUACGCUCGCUCCUAUCUGGACGUCCUGCAAGUAAGGUUCACAACCUGAAGUACUUCACAUUCAUACUACACCUCGCCGCGGCCGUCCAUAACCCCCUUCCCUCCCGCAAGCUUCUUUCCCCAGGCAUCACCUGUCCGGCCAUACGCGGAGUACAAGAGGCAACGGUGAUUCCCGUCACUGACGUUUUCGACGAGCAUGGUCUUCAAUCAUUGGGCUAUGAGACAGACCUACAACGGUGGUCAGACCCUGCCGCCAAAGCCGCUGCCACUAAACGUGUGGACUACUAUACCAAUAUCGUGGAAGGGCCAAGCCAAAUCAUCGAAGCCAAAGCGCGUACUGAAUCCUACUGGCAGUGGAGCGCCGUUCGGUUUGUUCUCGAAGGCUUUGUCCUCCCCUGGACACCGAAUCGAUGGCGCUCUGCAGCCCGUCGCUUUCAGCUUACCCGCCCACUACAGCAGUGCGUCGACAGUGUCCUCCCUGACCUCGUUCCCCACGCUAUAGCGAUGCAUUUGCGGAUGUGGCCGUCCGAUUUAUCUUUUGGUCAACACGAUGCUUGCUACCGCGGCCAGGUCCCUGUCCUUAAGCAUAUCUUUUCCAAAUGUGAUUGGACGGGAUCAUAUUUGUACAACAACGUUCUACGUGUCCAAAAAAGCGAUACGCAGCCCGUCAUCAUCGCGACCGACGACAAGGAACAUCCAGCCAUAGUUGAUCUUGUCCGCCGCCUUGGCCACCGAGCUUAUUUCAUGGAAAUGACAGCAGCAUGCACAGCCGCUAUCCAAGACGCUCAUCCUUCUAACGAGACACAAUGGCGUUCGGCCACAUACUGGCCUAUCGUCGAAGCGGCUGUUAUGGUCCGGACAGAGUCAUUUAUCGGUUCCUUCUGGUCGACCUUCUCCCAGCUGAUUGCUAUUCGCCGCCAUAGGAUACAUCGAACAUUCUUUGUCCAGAAUCGUCUACAGGAGUUUGUCUGGGACCAUCGGUGGAUUAUAAUACUAGUAUCUGCUGGGACAUUGGGUUCGAUUAUAUUUUAUCGGCCGGCAAUAUUCCAUACUCGAAUUUCUGUCUAUACUUCUUUCCCUAUACGGAGCGAAUAUUCUUCAAUACCCUAG